UAACGCUAGCGAGGGUAGAAAGGGCGAAUAGCUCCGUGAAUGUUAAACCAGUAGGUCGGCUCAAUAGCCACUGAAUAAAUUGUCUUUUGUCAACAAGUAAAACGUGACUACCGACCAUGAGUAUGGCCUCGCGAACUUCUGCUGUUGCUUUUAAAUCAUUACUUUCUCGUUCAUAUACACGAAGCUGUUAUUCUCACACUCGGAAUCAUCUUAAUAUAAAUAAAGAAACUAAGGUCAUUUGUCAAGGUUUUACUGGAAAACAAGGAACUUUUCAUAGUAAGCAAGCUUUGGAAUAUGGAAGUAGAAUAGUCGGGGGUGUUUCUCCUGGAAAAGGUGGCUCAACACAUUUAGGAUUGCCUGUUUUUGAUUCUGUGAAAGAGGCUGUAGAAAAAACUGGUGCAAAUGCAACUAUGAUUUAUGUUCCUGCUGCUGCAGCUGCUAAUGCCAUAAUUGAAGCAAUGGAUGCAGAAAUUCCUUUGAUUGUUUGUAUAACUGAGGGUAUACCUUUAAAAGAUAUGGUCGAAGUCAGGCAUAAAUUGAUGUCGCAAAAUAAGUCUCGUCUUGUUGGUCCUAACUGCCCAGGCGUUAUUAAGCCUGGUGAAUGUAAAAUUGGCAUAAUGCCUGGCCAUAUUCAUCAUUUGGGUAAAAUUGGGAUUGUAUCACGAUCUGGUACUCUUACUUAUGAAGCUGUUCAUCAAACAACUCAAGCUGGACUAGGACAGUCUUUAUGUAUUGGUAUAGGUGGUGAUCCCUUUAGUGGCACAAAUUUUAUUGAUUGCUUAGAUAUCUUCUUAAAUGAUCCUGCCACUAAAGGUAUAAUAUUAAUUGGUGAAAUAGGAGGUGUUGAAGAGGAAAAAGCGGCUCAAUAUCUCAAAGAGAAUAAUUCAGGUUAUAACUCCAAACCAGUUGUCUCAUUUAUUGCUGGACUCACAGCACCUCCUGGAAGAAGGAUGGGACAUGCAGGUGCAAUAAUUUCUGGUGGUAAAGGUGGAGCAUCAGAAAAAAUUGAUGCAUUGAAAUCUGCUGGUGUUGUUGUAACAAAUUCACCUGCUCAAAUUGGUUCAACAAUACUGCAGGUAAUGCAACAGAAAGGACUUGCUUGACUAACAUUCCUGUUCAUAAUGGAGAAGUUUAAUCUAUUUUUGUACAAGGUCUUACAUCUAGUGGAUUACUUACCACACAGAUAACUUUUGUAUGCGUAUUUAUAUGUUUUAAAUCCUUCUCAUGGUUUAGAUAAUUUAUAUAAUUGGACACAUUUACAUUGAUUUUUGUUACAUUGAUUUUUGUACUGUAUUAAAUAAUGUUAAACAUUAUUUCAUUAAUUUUCUUAUUUAAUGAAUCUUGUAUUUUCUGGUAUUUACAAUUUAAUAAUUUCAUGUGAUAUUGAUUAGGUUUUGAAAAUCUUGCUAUUUAAAUACUGUUAUGGUAUUGUGCUUAAAAGUAUUUUUUUGAGAAUUUUAAAGUCUUUAUCAACUAGAUAUUUUACAAAAGUUAAGCUUUGAAGCAAAAUGUUUAAUUUUUUUGUGUGCUUCUAAAAUAUUUUAAGAAAAGUUAUUAGUCAAUAAAAAUAAAAAUUUACUUGUGAUUUGAUUGAACAUGUACAAAAAUGGAGCUUUUAAACUCUUAAAGUAGAAAUAUUCUUUAAGCAUCUAGUGUUUUUUUUUUUUUUUAAUUUUUUAAAAUUUAUUAUUUUUUUUUAAAGUUAAGCUUUAAAAAUGAUCUUCAUAAAAUUAAAUGAAGGGAAUUUUCUGAUUGUUUACCAGUUAGUAUUUUAAAAAUGUUUCUCAGUGAAACAGUGCAGCUAUUAAAAAAAACUGCUGUGAGUGGAUUUUGUUGCGUAGAGAAGCAAGAAACCUUUAUUUUAAAUUAGUACCUCAAACUUAGUCGUAAAGUAAAUACAUGAUGUGAAAAUAUGUACCAUUUAUUUACACACACAAAAUUGAUAUGGAAAAACAUGUUUGAGACUGAUAAACAGAAGUUUAAAUAUCUGUAAAAUAAUAUUUAAGUGCCUAAA